AUCACACUUAUCUUAUUAGGCCUCAAGACCUUCAAGCAGAAUUUCCCAACAUGCUUGAAGCAUCACCCGAAACUCUCGUAUUCGAGCCUACCGAUAUUUUCGACUUUGACUUUGGACUGCAACCUCAGCCUCAAUUAACCCGACAGGAUCAGGACGCGUCUCCGACAUCCUCUGCCCCGGCGGUUUCUACCAACAACGAUGUGUCUAAUAGUACCGCGACCUUGCUUAUGGAAAGGGAAGGAAUAUCAAGGCCUACAGCUCCUCGUAUACCUACGCCGCCUCCAGAUUUUGAACCGGACGAAAACUGGGAAGAUGAGAUGGCAGUGAUGGAGAUGGAGAGAGAAUUUGCGGAAUUACAGGAUGAACCGUCGGGGAGAGAUGACGGAAAUGACGAGCAGACUCAAUCAAGGAUUAGUGGAAAGGGGAAGGAUAAAGAAACCACAGGAUACGAAUUCUUGUCAAACGGUAUAUUCGACUUUGACGUGCCUGUCGCAUCCUCCUCACGAGUAACCCUUACUCCUCCUUUAGAUAUCCCUGCUAUAUCUCUGGAUCAGCUGCCAAAAGAAAAGGAGCCACAAAGUGGGCUCGUCAAACAAACACGACCUUGCACCCUGCCUUCUCUUAUGGCUGCAACGGCUGAUGGUGACAUGAUUACUUUCCAGAGAAGAUGGAAACCCCAAGCCAUAUCUCCCUUAGAACUGCAACAACGAGGCGGGAAAGGAAAAGCUGGCGAACUCUUAACUGUGCCACUGCACAAGUUGCUCGAUCAGGUCAACGAGCUCAAAUCUCGAGAAAAAGCUCUCAAGCUGCAAAGGCAAAUUGACGAGGAAUUUGAGGGGCAGACGAAGAAAAUACAGAUGGGAACGACGAUGUGGGUGGACAAGUACAGGCCCAAAAAGUUCACCGACUUGCUUGGCGAAGAUCGCGUGCAUCGCGAAGUUAUGUCAUGGCUCAAGGAAUGGGACAAAUGUGUCUUCAAAAGACAACAGCCCCAAGCAAAGAAACGCCCAUUCGAUGCCUCCGACUCCAAGCCAUUCGCUGUAGACCCCCUUGGGCGACCUCAUGAACGUGUUCUUCUUCUCUCCGGCCCGCCGGGAUACGGUAAAACCACAUUGGCAUCUAUCGUGGCCCGCCAUGCUGGGUAUCGCAUCCUCGAGAUCAACGCCUCGGACGAUAGAAGUUACCAGACGGUACAAACAAGAAUUCGCAAUGCCGUUGAUGCUGGUACUAGCUUGGGAGCGGAGGGCAAACCGACAUGUGUAGUCAUAGAUGAGAUUGACGGUGCUGGAGGUGGAGAGAGUGGGUUCAUCAAGGCAUUAAUUAAGUUGAUUCAGGACGUGCCUGCGAAAAAAAAAUCCAACACUCCGGCAAAGCCGCUGAGAAGGCCUAUCAUAUGUAUUUGCAACGAUCUUUACGCACCAGCCUUGCGUCCUCUAAGGUCGUACGCGAGGAUUAUCAGGUUCCGCAAGCCACAAGCUCAAUCUCUGGUCGUAAGGUUACGAGAUAUUUGCAAACGAGAAGGUCUUCAAUCGGAUACUCGUUCGCUCAAUACUCUGGUGGAGAUGACGAGCGGCGAUGUUCGAAGCUGCCUCAACACAUUGCAAUUCAUUAAAAGCAGAUCGUCGGUGGUUACAGAAGAAGCUAUUCGCGCGACAUCUCUAGGUCUCAAAGACACCAGCACCACCCUCCAAACAGCGUGGAACGCCAUUUUCAUUCCCCUUGCUGCCAAGAAGCGACGCGCACAAGGAAGCAUUGACGAUACCCGCUACCUUCCACGAAUUAUCCCUAUCAUCAACUCUUGCGGUGAGUACGACAAACUUCUUUUAGGCGCCUUCGAACAUUACCCGAACCUCAAACCAUUGGAUGGGACGAUGAAAAACUUGACAAAAGUUCACGAAUGGCUGGCGUUUUCUGACAGGCUACAAGCGAGAGUUACAAGUGAACAGGAAUGGGAGUUGUUGGGGUACAUGCCAUGGGGAGUGGGAGCUUGGUAUCCGCACCUGGCGUCACAAGGCAACAGUUCAAAACCAACAGAGUAUCCCAAGAUUGACUAUGAAGCGUAUCAAACACGUGCUUCUAAUGAAGAGGUUGCGACGGCUUUCAAGAAUGUCCUUCCUCCUAUAUUGCGCUCCAUGUUCACCACCAGUACGACGCUCACCGAACUUAUUCCUUUCCUCAUGCGAAUCAUUUCACCGCCUCUUAAGCCUGUGAACGCAAACAUCGUCAAGCCGGCGGAGAAAGCGGUUCUCGAGAGAUUGGUUGAAUUGAUGAUCCCACUCGGUCUUACAUUCUACAAGGAAAAGGCUGAGAAUGGUCAGCCAAUGAUGCGGCUUGAACCGGCAAUCGAUGUCUUUGUUCAUUAUGAUGGGAAACGAGCCGAAGACAUCUUAGCAUCGAGAUUCAUGAUCCGUCAACUCAUUUCUCAAGCUAUGGAUGCCGAGUUGGCCCAAAAGCGAGGCGGAGCCGAUACCGAGGCUUCGGACACGGGAGCUGAUGGAUUUGCAAAAGCGUACGGAUUGAUGGGAAACAUAGCAAAGAAGCCUGAGGAAAAAGCGUUGCUGCCUGUGACGGACUUCUUCGGACGAACGGUCGCUGUUAUCGAGGAAGAUGUCACCGCAGACGGCGUGAGACCACAAGCGCCACCGAAAAAGAAGUUCCGACCGAUAUACAAGUUCAACGAAGGGUCUUUGAGUGCGGUGAGGAGGAGUGUCAAGAUGUCGGCAUUGAUGUAAGAGUUAGCGGUGCUUUUGAUCACCCUGAAUACCCACCGAAUCUUAAAUUUUAAGUUUUGCAAACUAUGACCUGGGGGUGAUUGAGACAUGCACGUGCAUUUAUGACACAUGAUGGGGCACUUGCAGAGACACGG